AACCAGAGGCAGAAGCAACGUCAGAGCCAGAGGCAGAAGCAAUAUCAGAACCAGAGACAGAAGCAACAUCAGAACCUGAGGCAGAACCAACAUCAGAACCAGAAGCAGAAGCAACAUCACAACCAGAGGCAGAACCAACAUCGGAACCAGAGACAGAAGCAACAUCAGAACCAGAGGCAGAACCAACAUCAGAACCAGAGACAGAAGCAUCAUCAGAACCAGAGGCAGAAGCAACAACGGAACCUGAAGCAGAAGCAACACCAGAACCUGAAGCAGAAGCAACAUCAGAACCAGAGGCAGAAGCAACAUCAGAACCAGAGACAGAAGCAUCAUCAGAACCAGAGGCAGAAGCAACAACGGAACCUGAAGCAGAAGCAACAUCAGAACCUGAAGCAGAAGCAACAUCAGAACCAGAGGCAGAAGCAACGCCAGAACCUGAAGCAGAAGCAACAUCAGAACCAGAGGCAGAAGCAACAUCAGAACCAGAGGCAGAAGCAACAUCAGAACCAGAGGCAGAAGCAACGACAGAACCAGAGGCAGAACCAACAUCAGAACCAGAGGCAGAAGCAACAUCAGAACCAGAGGCAGAAGCAACAUCAGAACCAGAGGCAGAAGCAACAUCAGAACCAGAGGCAGAAGCAACGUCAGAACCUGAAGCAGAAGCAACAUCAGAACCAGAGGCAGAAGUAACAUCAGUACCAGAGGCAGAACCAACAUCAGAACCAGAGGCAGAAGCAACAUCAGAACCAGAGGCAGAAGCAACAUCACAACCAGAGGCAGAAGCAACGUCAGAACCUGAAGCAGAAGCAACAUCAGAACCAGAGGCAGAAGCAACAUCAGAACCAGAGGCAGAAGCAACAUCAGAACCAGAGGCAGAACCAACAUCAGAACCGGAGACAGAAGCAACAUCAGAACCAGAGGCAGAAGCAACAACGGAACCUGAAGCAGAAGCAACAUCAGAACCUGAAGCAGAAGCAACAUCAGAACCAGAGGCAGAAGCAACGUCAGAACCAGAGGCAGAAGCAACAACGGAACCUGAAGCAGAAGCAACAUCAGAACCAGAGGCAGACUCAGCGGCAACAUCUGAAGCUGAAUCUGCGACAGAACCAGAGACAAGGCCUUCGGCAGUGGAGAUAAUUCUACCUCCAGUUUCCUUGAUGGUGUUCGUGAUAUUUGUUGCAGGUCUUCUGUCGCUGUUGAUCUCCAGUCGUUGUAAAACUUCACCGCUGGGUGUCGAGAAAAGACGACGACAGAGAGAUACAAGCCGUGACGUGACCGAUUUUAGUUAUGACGACAUCAGUGUUACGUCUGUGUCUACAGAGAACGAGUCAUGCCAUGGUGAAUUCCUAUCCAACUUUGAUCUGGAAGUGCUUGAAAGUCUUCACUCCUCAUACAACAAACCGUUAGAACUGCUAAAAAUAUCAUUUCCCGCUUUAUUGUCUUUGGGUUUAUGUCCUUUUACCCUGUACCUGUAUGAACCCUUUACGACAUUUCUGUGGCCCCCUGAUGAAUACGAAACUCCGCCUGAUAUCAAUGACGCCAUAGCAUGUUUCCUUGCCCCGGCUGGUCUUGUAUACGCCACGUCGUUCGGGUUUGCUUUCCAGCAGGCACUGAACAAACAGAGAGAUAUUCUAGACAAGUUGACAACGGAGAUCAGCAUGAUAGAUCAAAUUGCUACAUUUUCCAGUAAACUUAAACUCAUUAACAGCAAUAUACGGAGGGAAAUAUACUACGCUGUCAAAUGUGAAGCUGUGUUCAUGGUUCUACAGAUUCUCAACAGGGAACAGACCUCAUAUCACUACAAGCCGAAUGUGGAUGUAAAAGUGAAGAUCUGGUCCAUCGUCGACCUACUACGGGAGGUGGAUGCCAGUGACAACAAUAUUGUCAACAAGACCAUGUGUGAUAAAAUCAUGGCCCACAUCAUAAAGCUUAACAGCAUAUGUUCCGACCGUAUAGGUAUUCUGCACACCAAGAUACACCCUGUCAAGUGGGCAUUCCUGGAGACGUUGGGGUUUUUCUCGUUCAUUGGUAUCCUACUGUUACGAGCCCUGUCCUACCGGCUAGAGCUGACCAUGUGUAUCAUCACUGUGUUCUCCAUCAGCAUGCUCUGCUACGUCGUGUCCGACCUUGACUCGCCCUUCAGUGGUUUCUUCCGCGUGGACUUAUCCAUACUUGGGGUGGUGGUCCAGCGACUGGAGAGAAUGUACUACGAAGAGCGGACAAUGGCAGAGGGAACUAUUAUCACAGUAUCGACAUUUGUAGAUGACAGCGAAUUGAAAGAUUUGCGUUCUAUGAAAUCAAACAAACCAUUAUUUUAGGUCUUAAAGUAUUACAAUUGUUAAAAUUAUGUGUAUUUGGCCGUCUGGUGUAUGGUAUUAGCACAAGUAAAUCGGCUGUUUCAUGAUAAGUAUUACAGCCAACCUUCAUUAUCAGAAUUCUGCAAUUUCAACAACAUUGCGAUUUGUACUUAAAACAUAUUUGUAAAAUAGACAGCAUGUAUCAAAUUAUGGCUAUUUAUAAUAUUGCAUGGAGUGAUACAGCACAGUCUUGAUGAGUAAUAAAACAAUAAAACAUCUCAUUGUUAAUGGUCAUAUAAAUAGCAAAUCCAGAAAUACAAGCAUUUAAUCACUACUUGGACGCAAUUUAAAAAAGGUGACUUUAUUAAUUGUUAGUAUGCAAAAUGGCUAAUCAUGAACCCUGUUGUUGACAUGUAAUUAGCUCUUUGUGACUGUUAACAAAACAUACUAAAAAGUAAAAGUUAUUAUGAAGUAAUUAUGAAUCCAGUAAGAACGAGGCAGUUCCGCAUCCUCCUCAUAGCUGGUAUUUUGAAAAAUUGUAACACUAA